GGCAGCUGCCGGCGCCGCCGCGACCGCGGUGUCCCUUCCCUCCGCUCCGGCCCUCCCUCCGCCUCCCGCCCCCUCGCUCCCUCCCCCGGCGCUCCCAGCCUCCUCGCCCCGGGAGCUCCGCGCCCGCGGUCCGGGAUUAUGGAGUUUCUGAGCGAGAAGUUUGCCCUCAAGAGCCCUCCGAGUAAAAACAGUGACUUCUACAUGGGCGCGGGAGGAGCGCUGGAGCACGUUAUGGAGACGCUGGACAAUGAGUCCUUUUACAGCAAAGCGUCGGCCGGCAAAUGCGCGCAGGCCUUCGGGCCCCCGCCCCGCGCCGAACAUCACGUGCGCUUGGAGAGGACCUCGCCCUGUCAGGACAACGGCGUGAACUAUGGGAUCACAAAAGUAGAAGGACAGCCUCUUCACACUGAACUGAACAGAGCCAUGGAUAACUGUAACAGUCUCCGAAUGUCUCCUGUGAAAGGGAUACAAGAGAAGGGAGAACUGGAUGAACUUGGGGAUAAAUGUGACAGCAAUGUGUCCAGCAGUAAGAAGCGGAGACACCGAACCACCUUCACCAGUUUGCAGCUAGAAGAACUGGAGAAGGUCUUCCAAAAAACUCAUUACCCGGAUGUAUAUGUCAGAGAACAGCUUGCUCUGAGGACAGAGCUCACUGAGGCCAGGGUCCAGGUUUGGUUUCAAAAUCGAAGGGCCAAGUGGAGAAAAAGGGAACGUUAUGGCCAAAUUCAACAAGCUAAAAGCCAUUUUGCUGCCACCUAUGAUAUAUCAGUUUUGCCAAGGACUGACAGCUACCCACAGAUUCAGAACAAUUUGUGGGCAGGAAAUGCGAGCAGUGGUUCUGUGGUUACUUCAUGCAUGUUACCACGUGACACUUCCUCCUGUAUGACACCUUAUUCUCAUUCGCCUCGGACAGAUUCCAGUUACACAGGGUUUUCAAACCACCAGAACCAGUUCAGCCACGUGCCCCUCAAUAAUUUUUUCACUGACUCUCUUCUUACUGGGGCUACCAAUGGACACGCAUUUGAAACAAAGCCAGAGUUUGAAAGAAGGUCUUCCAGUAUCGCGGUUCUUCGAAUGAAAGCCAAGGAGCAUACCGCCAAUAUCUCAUGGGCCAUGUAACAUAUAGUACUCUUUUUAUUUUUCUUUUGAUAGCAAAGUAAAACAUUCUUAUUUCUCAUAUUUAAAUGAUACCACAAUAAGCUGCUGUGUGUGGAUUGUUAAAGGUCAAGAGAUUCAGUGAGACCAGCUUAAGUGAAUAGUUGUAAUUAUUUAACGUGCAAAUCUAAGAAUGAACCUCUGAAAAGCCUAAAUAGGUUUGCCAUGCACCAGUUUCCACAAACUGUUUUAGUAGUAAGUUUUUUUUUCUAUUGUACAAGUCAAUGAAAUAUGAUCAUGCAACUUCUUAAAAGAAUAAAUGUAUUAAACAAA